AUGUUUGAACCCUCCAAAAGUGCUGCCACCGAUCUAUCUGCGGACAGUCAGGAUCUAGAAAGCAAGUGGAAGAUCUGGGCCAAACGCGAAGAACGAUGCAGAGCCACCGCUGCCCUCUAUAUCCAGGACUCUGAAUAUUCUGCCCUGUUCACCGAAGAUCCUCUCUUGCGCCACGCCUUAGUUGACUAUUCUUCACUAUGUUCCAAUAAUUCAUGGGAGGCUGAAACUCACCAGGAAUGGAUAAUAACCAUCCUAAAUGCUCACUCCGGAGUGACCGCCUCUGAAAGCCCCCCAUCGAUGGAUCAAAGCUACUUUCUUUGCUCCUCGCAGGGGAUAGGUGAACGUGGAGCCUUUGGCGCAUACGCCAAAUUGGAGAGCAUAUCAGCGGCAAUAUCCGGGGCUAAGGGACUAGGAACCUGGCUCGCCAUGUCCUCACACUUUGAAAAAGAUUUACUAGAUUUCCAGGACAAUUAUCCUCAGCUUUUCAAGAGCCCUGAUCACGACAAAUUCAUGAGUAUGCUAAAAAUUGGGCAGAAUCCGCAAGCGGCGUCAGAUGUGCGCUACAUGCCGUACUAA